AUGGCCGAAGAAAACCCUAAGAACCAAGAAGAGCGAUCACCUUCAAAAACACCUAGCCCACAACCCAUUAACCAAGAAAUUCCUUUAGUGCUACUCCAAACCACCUCAGAACCUAAAAAUACCAAGCCGAAAGCCCUUGAAGAAACUGCAACUUCCUCUACUGGAAGUUUACCCUCCGUCCUUGAUCGAAUUGGCUUAUGGAAGAAGAGGAAAGCCGAAAAAUCGGGAAAAUCGCUGGAAGUUCAAAUUCUUGAAAUCGAUAUGAUGGCGAAAGACGAGGGGCCUGAAGAAGGUAAGGAAAAUUCUGAGGGGGAAGAAGAUGAGAAAGCACUGGGAAAACAAGCUGAAAGGUAUGUUGUAGGCUAUAGAAUUGAUGAUGCAUGGUGUAGUAAGGUGAAUUUCGAAUUUCUAGAUCUGCUAAAGUUCCAGGGUUGGGAUGUUAUGUUUACUGUUAAAGCAAAAAAUUACUUGUAUCCGUUGGCUAUAGAUGAAUUCUGUAAGGAAUGUGAAUUUGAAGAUGGUGUGUGUUAUAGCAAAGUUAAUGGUGUUGAUGUUGAGUUUGAUGCUGCUAGACUAGGGUCUAUUCUGCAAGUUCCAUGUGAGGGAUUUGAUGUCUAUAUGAAAGGGGUUGUGACUGUAAAAGUGGCAGGGCACACUAAAACUGAAAUCAUAAACUAUUUGGGUGGUAAAAAGGGUGUUAGUGUAAUGAAUCACAAUGAUCUCUCUCCAUUGCACAAAUUAUUGUUUAAUUUGGUGAAGAAGUCCUUGGUUCCAAGGACACAAAAGAAAAAUGAAUUGUGCUAUUUAGAUAUGGCCCUAAUCUUUUGCAUGUCUAAGAAAAUUAAAAUCAAUUUCCCAGCACUUAUGAUCCAACACUUAGAGCAUUGCAUAGAAAAGGAAAUAAAGGUUGGAUAUGCUGCGAUUCUUGCUUCUGUGUUUGAAAAUUUAGGUGUGCAAUUGAGAGAUUUUUAUGGGCAUAUGAGGGAGAAAGGAGAAAAUGUGAUAAAUGAAACCACUCUGAGAGGGUUGAGUCUUGCUGUAGUGAGGGGGAAGUGUGUGAGAUAUGAGGUUGCUCAGAAGAAAAAGGAGAAGGAAGAGGAUUCACAGCUGAGAGUUCCUGUUAGGAAGAGCAGAAGGCUCUCUGUUGGAACUCAGGCUAAGACAAGUGUUGUUGAUCCUCUGGAGUUAAGCGAAGGGAAGAUGAAGGCAAUGGAACGGACUGAUGUCACUCAGGCUAAGGAGUUCCAUAAAGCAAUCUCAAGCCUGGAAGCAAAACUGAAGAAAGCUCAAGAUGACAACAAAGCAGAUCUUGAGAAAAUCUUGAAAGCGCUUGAUGCUUGA